AUGUGGAUAUUUUACUCCUUGAUAUUUCUAUUUUCUGUUGCUAUAAAACAUACAGCAUCUAUUAAAUGCUCAUUGGCACAAAAGUGUCCUUCUGACGUUCCCUGUUGUUCGCCUUACGGUGAAUGUGGUACUGGCUCAACAUGUCUUAAUAGAUGCAAUCCUAUGUUUUCUUUUCAGCCCUAUAGCUGUCUACCUCAACCAAUUUUAUUAUAUCCUAAUUCAAUUCAAUUCCCAAGAAGAGUAAAACACAUUCGAAGUAACGCUAAUAAUAUUAACUCUAUUAUAAGGAAAAAAUUUGGUCAUUCUAAUAAACUAUCAAUAUUGGCAGACAAUAAUUUUAUACAUUUUGAAAAGUUUUUAAUCACUACCGAUAGCCUAUUAGCAAAGAAGCAAUUAGAACAGUACGAUUUUAUAUACAGUGGAUACACUGUUCCCAGUGAUUUAGAUAAAGUUAUUUCGUUAAGAAUGCCACCAAGGACAAAAGGUUCUCUUGUCUCUACAAGUAAGCUUUUUUUGUAUGGAAGAUGCAGUGUUACAUUGAAAGCUGCCAAAGGUAGAGGUGUCAUUACAGCCAUAGUAUUAAUAAGUCAAGUGGGCGAUGAAAUUGAUUUUGAAUUUUUGGGUACUGAAUCAAGAAACGUGCAAUCCAAUUAUUAUCAUUUAGGCCACUUGGAUUAUACAAAGAUGCAAUGGUUACCCAUUACAAGUGAUAAUACAGAUGCAUGGCAUACAUACGAAAUUGAUUGGAACAAAGAAAGGAUCCAUUGGAUUAUUGAUGGAAAAAUAUAUAGAACUGUGUAUCGAAGAGAGACUUGGGACCCAAUCAAAAAAAAAUAUUUGUAUCCGCAAACACCAGUACGUUUAGAAGUUGCUCUUUGGCCAGGUGGAGAUAUCAAUCUACCACCUGGAACGGCACAAUGGGCUGGUGGUUUUAUCGACUGGGACCACGACGUAGAAUUGAAGAAAAAAGGUUUCUUCGAGUCAAAGGUUGCCAAUAUAAUAGUCAGCCCUUAUAUGAAUUCGCACACCAGUAAUAUUGUAAAAUGUAUUAGAUAUAAUACCAAAAGAUCAAGAGUUAAGCUUGCUGAUCUACAGAAUGUAAACUUUCAUUAUGAACCUUCAAUCAAUCUUGAUCAUACAGAAAUUGAAAAAGCUGUGUAUUGGGAUUGUAACAAGGUAUUUUUCCUGGAAAAUCAAUGGAGUUCUAAAGCCAAAGUUUCAAACUACUAA